AAAUCAGCUACCCCAUGAACCUUCCUCUCUGCAUGGAGAGGGAAAUGGAACCAGGCCAGAGGAAAACCAAUUGAUGGAACUGGAAACAGUCAUUCCCUUAAAGGAAAAAGAAUCUGAUGAAGAAGAGGAAGGCCCAGUGCUUGUAAACAGUGAAAAUCCAAAUAAAUCAGAAAAACUAUAUAUAAUGGUACCAAAGAAUGAUAAUGGAAAAGAUACUUACUCAGAGAAUUCUUCAGCUAAGAAAAUCCAUGAAAACAUCAGUUCAGGAGACAAUGGAAAAAACAUCAUUGUGUCCCAAAACCUGGAAGACAUAAUUGCAACUCAACUUCAGAUGCUUCCCACUCAGAAAACCCAGGCAGACACCAAGGAAAUCUUGGAAGAGGCACAAAAUGGGAAUUGCAACCUGAUGAUGAAGCCAGGGAGUAUAUAUGGGGAUUUCAGUCAGAAGCAGAGGAAUAAUGAAAUUGCCCAAAGCAAGGAAGGAAGUUCUAGAAGACCAGAAGAUUUCCAUGACAGCAGCUCUGUUGCCCUGCGGAUUGGCGAACUGGAGGAAGGGGAGAAUGAAUGUAGCUGGAGCAGCAAAGAAUUUUUCAUGGAAGUGAGCCUGGGAGAACCUGAAGUAUCCUGUAGUGUUACAGCCCCUUGCAAUAUUCUAGAACAUCUAGUAAUCACAGUUGUUAAUGAUUUAAGUUCAUUCGUUGUAAAUGAUGCAGAAGAACUUGUCAGCAAUGUCAUCUCUGCUGAGUGCUCAUUGAUUGACCAACCCAUGGUUUCUCCAAUCAUCAUUGUAAUCCCAUUUACUUCACGUUACAGAGGAAUGUACAAAGACAUAAUGGUGAAGGUGACUGACAUAAACUUUCAGUCAAUUUAUUUAACUCCUACCUCUUUGGAAGGACAUCCAGGUAACCAGAAGGGGACAGCUGCCAUGGUAAAAACCUGCCAGCUUGGUAUCUUUUCUGUUGUUUCAUGCUUAAAGAAGGAAACAUUGACCAUUCCAAGGAAAGGCCUUUCACGAAAACUUAAUAUGGAUCCCAGAAUUUCAUUUUGCUACCCACCAUCAACCUUCAGUUCUCGAGUGACGGUGCACCUAAAGGUGCAACCAGUUGAUCAAUCCACACUUUCAAUGUUGAAAACAAGACAGGAUGUAUAUCAUUCAGUCGUGUCAACCAGCCCUCUGGUCCAUCUGGAACAUUCUUCGUCCCUGCCUUUCAACAGAUCUGUCACUGUUGUUCUACCUUGCCCUCCAAAUCAAGAAAAAAGAAGAGAGGGUAUUGAGACAGAUCCUGCAAGAGCAACAAGUGCUUCUGUCCCCAGAGUUACAAGUAUUCAUUCUUUUCGAGGUCUGAGUGCCUCCCCAAGAAAACACAGGAAGAACCUCAAGGAACCGUUGAAAGUACUGGGCUACAGAAACAGUGAAGAAGACUGGGUUCUAUUGGAUGACAUCAUAGUGCGAAAUGCAAGGAACGGUCUUGUGUCAUUUGAAUUAGAUGAACCCUUGGAAAGAUUUAUUAUUGUUCGCUUAUCUUCUGCAAUGGACAACACACAACUCGUUCAGUUUAUUCAGGAUCUGGAAAAUACCAUCCAUGACAUCAUGGUGAAAGUAGUACUAUACCAGAAUAGAGAAGACCCUUACAAGAUCAUUGUCAUACUGGUUCCAUCCAAGGAAUUAAACAUGGAGCUGCAGUGUCUACAUGAAGAGGGAUAUUCUGGCCCUCCAGAGCCUUCUAAGCCAUUUAAAAUGAGAGAAGGAGAGCAGAUUUACUUUAAAUUCAGUGGAAACAUUUUUGCUUCAGAUGAUGGGGAAGUCUGUGGAAAAAACUACAAGCUUGCUUUUCAUGCUCAACGAAAGCCAAGACUUGCUCUCCAAAUCAAAGAGGUGGAUGAAUUUGGCAACUACAGUUCUCCCCAUUAUAAAGGCACUGCCUUAUUUUACAAAGUGACAAAAGAAGCUGUUCUCAAGAAUGUAGAACCUCUUCUGCUGGAAGACCAUGAGCAGGAUUCCUUCCUGUGUAAAUUGGGUCUAACUUUGCCAAAGAAGGAAAAGCUGAUCAGCCGUCCCCAAAGCACAAAAAGAAUCUCAACAGAUAUAUCAGAGGUAAUGUGGGACAACUUGCUGUACUGGUUGUCAGAAGAGCUAUCGGAAGAGAAUGCCAACUCUCUUGCCCUCUACCUGCCUCUCCACCGAAGCACUCUUCAAUUUAUUAAACUGAAGUGUCCUGAUAAUCUCACUGAGCAGAUCUAUGAGCUUCUGUGCUUCUGGAGAAGGAAUCUCCCAAGAUCUGCUGACAAGCUCAAGCUUCUCUCUCGCUAUCUCUGCAAAAGUGGCAGGAGUGAUCUUGCUCAACAUCUCCAAUUCAUGUGGGCAAACCAAGGUGUCAUGAAGAAAAUUCAUUGGUAGAGAUGCAAUAGUGGGGUGGGUUGAUAUAAAUUUGAUGUCUCAGUAGAAAAAUGAAGGUAUUCUUGAAUGUUCCUCCUAAAUGUAUUUUGGGGUAGAAGGACAAGUGAAUGAAUUUUAAAAUCAAGCUCUUUCAAAAUGUUAA